AGGCACUCCGCCAAGGAAUAAUAUAUACAGCUCAGUUAGUCUGCGCGCCACAUUGAAAUCCAAUAUGGCCAGCGAUAGUGAGAGAAUUUAGACGAUAGUAAACUGCUAAUUUUUAACGAAAAUCAUGAGCUCUUCUGGGAAAAAGACGUUGGUUUUUGUAACUGGAAAUUCAAAUAAGCUAAAGGAGGUGAAAGCUAUACUUGGUGAAAGUUUCCCUUGGAAAUUAGAAGCGAAAAAUAUUGAUUUACCAGAAUUUCAAGGAGAACCAGAUGAAAUAUCAAUAGAGAAAUGUAAAGUGGCAGCACAGCGGAUAAGGGCUCCUGUGAUUGUUGAAGAUACGUGCUUGUGUUUUAAUGCUUUGGGAGGAAUGCCUGGUCCAUAUAUAAAGUGGUUUCUUAAAAAGCUAAAACCUGAAGGUCUGCAUCGCUUACUCACUGGUUGGGAGGAUAAAUCAGCUUUCGCACUUUGCACCUUUGCUUAUUCUGAUGGUGACAUUGACAAACCUGUUGAGUUAUUUCAAGGAAAAACUAGUGGUACAAUUGUUGAACCAAGAGGGCCUAGGACAUUUGGCUGGGAUCCAUGUUUUCAACCUGAUGGUUAUGAUAAAACCUAUGCCGAAAUGGAGUCCGACGUAAAAAAUAAGAUAUCUCAUCGUGGACAAGCCCUUGAUGCUUUAAAACAAUUCUUCGAAGAUCCACAAACGUCACCAGCAAAACGUUUCAAAUUUGCCUCGGAACAAGAUGAAUCAUCACAACCAUGAUCGUACUCAAAGUCUCACAAUUGACUUUAAAAAUCUUAAUUGGUCAUUUUUUUAUUUAUAAUGUAUAUUAAACAAAAAUGUUGAAUUAA